GUUCAUAGAGGAGGGCGAGCUUGUGAAGAAAGAGCAGAAGAUGAUCAAGAAAGUCCAGGAGAAGGCACUUGGUAUUGACAAGAAGGACGACAAGAAAAAGAAAGAGGAGGAGCAGAAGAAGCAAGAGAAAAAGCAGGAGGAAGAGGAAAAGGAGCAGCCAGUUAAGAAGAUCGAGCCGAAAGUUAUGAGGAGAGAGCCCAUCCCAGAGGUUGAGUGGUGGGAUGCUCCAUUCCUCAAGGAAGAUCAGUACGGUCAGCGAAGGAACUACGCGGCGGGUGUCAAUGUGGAGAAGAUCACUCCUUACGUGGAGCAUCCAAUCCCGAUCAAGAUCACCACCGAGAAGGAGGCUCCCGAAGCCGCCAUGAUGCAUUUGACGCCCAAG